AUGUGGAUGCUUAUAUGUUUCUUUCUACCAGCAAUAUUGUUCUGCAUAUGCGCUUUAAUUGUUUGGCUACGAGUAUUGCAUGUAAACAGGAGGCGGGAGAAACGGGAUAAACGAGAUCGUAAACUCGAGGACGCCAAGCAGCUGGAAAAGUAA